AUGGUCCAACAAUUCUACUCCUCCGAUCAACUCUACCUCAUCACGGUCGGAGAGAAUGCCAAAGAAAACGACACCAUACGACGACAAGCCGCACAAAACGACUUGUGGUUUCAUUUGCAAGAUGUCUCGAGUCCUCAUGUUAUACUAUCACCCGUGGAUCGCUCUCUCACCACUUCCUUCUCUUCCGAAAGUAUUCAUCAAGCAGCUAGUUUAUGUAAAGCCUUUAGUAAACAAAAAUCCAUGCAAACAUCGAAUGUGAUCUAUACACCUCGGAAACAAGUGAAAGGAAUUGUUGAGAUUGAUGGAAGAGUGGAGGUGAAAGGAUAUGUUGAGACCAUCAAGGUCUAUCGGGAUGAUACCGUCCGAGAGACUCUCAAAAAGAAAGUGUAA